UUCCCAUUAACUCAUAUAUGAUUGUUGGGUCCUCUCAUAAUCGAUCCAUCGCAAAAACCAGACAGAAACACAUCAAAAGAACAGCAUCAACGUUGUUUUGUUAGAUUGGUUAGGAUGCAUCAUGCGAAGACAGACUCCGAGGUGACAAGCCUGGACGCGUCUUCCACCACCAGGUCUCCACGUCGAGCGGUGUACUACGUGCAGAGCCCUUCCCACGAUGGAGAGAAAACCACCACGUCCUUGCAUUCGACGCCGGUGCUCAGCCCCAUGGGUUCUCCUCCUCACUCUCACUCCUCCUCCAGCCGUUUCUCCGGCUCCCGCAAGAUCAACAACCACCACCGCAACCACAAGCUACCCUGGAACAAGGACAUCGACGUCAUCGAAGAGGAGGGUCUUCUCCAAAACGAAGAUCGCCAUCGCGCUCUCUCUCGCCGAUACUAUUUCCUCGCCUUUGUUCUCGGUUUCUUCCUUCUCUUCUCUCUCUUCUCUCUCAUCCUAUGGGGCGCCAGCAGACCCAUGAAGCCCAAUGUCCUCAUCAAGAGCAUAAAAUUCGACCAUCUCAGAGUUCAAGCUGGUUCGGAUUCCACCGGCGUGGCCACUGACAUGAUCACGUUGAACUCCACCGUCAAAUUCACUUAUCGCAACACUGGAACAUUCUUCGGGGUCCAUGUCACAUCCACUCCUCUGGAUCUGUCCUUUUCAGAAAUCGUGAUUGCCACAGGAAAUUUGAAGAAGUUUUAUCAGUCAAGAAAGAGUCAGAGACUGGUGAGUGUGUCAGUGAUGGGGAACAAGAUUCCUCUGUAUGGAAGUGGUGCAAGCUUGAGUAGCUCAACGGGUGUGCCUACGGUGGCUGUGCCAUUGAGAUUGAGCUUCGUGAUUCGAUCCAGAGCAUACGUUCUUGGGAGAUUGGUGAAGCCAAAGUACUACAAGAGGGUUGAAUGUUCCAUCAAUUUGGAUCCCAAGAAGAUCAAUGUUUCGCUUUCUCUCAAGCAUUCUUGCACCUAUGAUUGAUUGAGUGGGAAUUGAGCAAAGAAGAAGCAGCACAUGGCAAAGAGAAUAGAAAAUUAAAAUAAAAAGAAUGAUUCGUUGGUUUUUUCUGGUUGAGGAAAGUAAUGUGGAUACAGCUCACAGGGCAGGAUCAGAAUGACGUGUUCUUUUGGACUCUUUUUGGCUGCCAUUGAUGAAUACGGAAGAUAAUUAAAUUCUUUUUUUCAAAUAUUUUGUCCCAUGUAAAAGUAAAACCUUCUGUACUAAUAAUGUCGUAGUUUCGUUUUUUCAGGUAAUUAUAGCGUAAUUAUAGCCGCCGAGAAAUUUUACCCUUUUUUAA